AUGCACCUCAACUCAGCAAGAACUGGAUCAGCUAGUUCGUCGUCCGGUCCUAGAGGAUCACAGGGGUUGGUUGGCCCUGUGGGCGGCAAAUGUCCCCGGGAAGGCGAAGAUCCAUGUCCGGAGGCUGAUCCGAACGGUUUGGCUGUUGGUGACGAGUUGCGGAGAAGAAGGAUCGAGAGCGGGAUGUGGUUGGCGAGAAAUGAGGCGAGGGAGGAGGUGCGGAUUGCCGCCCCACAUGCGAUCGUACGUAAAUCGUUCUUCCCGAUCGAGGAGUGGCAAGGGAUUAGGCCGGCGGGCAAGUCGGGUUCGGUACAGGUGACGGAGCACCGGCUCCCUCCUGCUAGCGGCUGGACAAAGCUCAAUGCUGAUGGUGCGUUCUCGCUCGCCGCCGCCAUGUCCUCCCCUCCCCGACGUCGGCACAAGAGAGCGUGCGUGGAGGAGAUCCAUGGCGCCGAGGGCAGGACACAGCAGCGGCUGCCGGAACUCGACGCUCCUUCUGUAGACAAGGGAUUGAGGGUUUCGUCGGCUGAAACAAAGGCGCAAACCUGUGAAGAUGAUGAUAUUUGCCAAGGUGCCCCGAAUGCGAGACAGUACCUUGAGCUUGACAAACUUCCUGAGAAGCUAAAGUUCCUCACGGUUACAAGGUGGUACGAGAUGCAGGCGAUAGAGAUUAGUGCUCCAAAUCUCUCUACUUUUCACUAUAUUGGGUCCCCAGUCGAGAUUAGUAUCAGAUAUCCUUCCCAACUUAAGGAUGUGUACUUGGCAUCUUUCGUUCCAUCAAGAAUUCUCUCUUAUGGUCGAGCCAACCUUCCAUUUAUCGCUCGCCAUGUCGAGAGGCUUACCCUGAUAUCCUGUGGUGAGAAUGUCAACACUCCAAUGCUUCCUGACAAGCUCCUCCACCUCAAGAGCUUAGGGAUUAGACUUUACAGAUCAAGAGACUCCCCUAUCUAUGAUAUAUUUUCCGUGGUUUCUUUUCUUGAUGCUUCUCCAGCCUUGGAAUCUUUCAUCUUGCAUGUAGAGAGAGAUUAUAUAAUAAACGAUUGUGUUACUGGGGACGAUUUAUACGCAAGUGGGGAGUCGGCAUACCAGCAUGAUCGCCUCAAACGGGUGAAAAUCAUGGGCUUCCAUUCAGCGAAGAGCCUGAUUAAGCUUGUGAUCCACAUCCUCGGGAGUGCUCCUUCGCUCGAGUCUCUCACGCUGGACACAACUGGUGGUCGGAAGCCUGGUGAUGCUGGCAAAUGCACCGCCUCAGGAGAGAGUCACAAAUGCUGUUGUAUGAGUGAGAGAGAUGUCGAAUAUGCUGAUAGAGCUGUGGAGGCUGCGGGCAGGUACAUCUUUGGGAGAGUUCCCUUAGCUGUUCAAUUUGAGGUGCUGGAGCCCUGCAGGCGAUGCUAUGCUGGCAACCGGUAGAUGGAUGCUGGCGGGCUUUGUCUGGUCCAACUGGCUCAUCUAGUUAUUUGCAUGUCCAUAAAAUAAACCGCCAAGUGCCCAUCUAGUCUAUCUAUAGUUAAAUUAAAGGAAGAAGUUUGUUGCAGCCUCAUCUACUUUCUUGGCAAAUAUUGAUUCUGCAACAACUGCUGAAGCUUAUGCUAUGAGGGAGGGACUCAAACUUGCUAGUGAGAUGGGCUGUAAUAAUAUUGUGAUGGAGUCAGAUUCUUUGGAAACUGUCUGAGGCCUGUACUGGGGAGAAUACAUGGCGGAAUACAUCAUCAGCUAUAUAUGCUGACUGCGACGACUAUGCUAUAAAUAUUGGAAAUGUCCACUAUCGUUUUUACCAUAGAGAAGCAAAUGAAGUUGCUCAUGAGUUAGCUAGAGAGUGUUUUUUAAACAAAGUAAAC